UAAAACGAUUAAUAAAAUAAAACCUACGAAAUGCCACCGAAAAAAUCUGCUGCUGAAAAUGGAAAAAAGGGUAAAAAAGAUAAAAAGAAGAAGGAAGCAGAAACCGAGCCCGAGCCACCAAUACAAGAUUCUUUAAUGUCGGUGGUUGAAAAAGAUUUAGAUUUAAUAAAAGAUCUAAAUGAGGAAUUUUUCGCCAGAGGUAAUAAGAUCAUACAAAUGUUAAUGGAAAGAGGACGCACUUUUGAGGCUUCCAAAAUUAAACAAUAUACCGAUAUAAUAUUCAAAUUACAUCGCAAGUAUGUGGAGGAAGUUAAGGAAAAUGAAGAGCUUAAGCCGCAAGUGGCAAAAGCGGAUACAAAAUUAAGAAUAGCCUUGGAAUUGACCGCCAAUUCGGAAGAGGCCAUGCAGCAUUUAAAAAAGGCUUUAAGUGAUGCCUGGCAUGAAUCCGAUGCUGCUUUAACACGCGAACAGGAAAUACAAGAAAAAUUCCAGGAAGUUCUGAUGAAAUGUGAAAAUUUUGAAAAUAAAGAAACUAAACAAGAUGAAAAUGCCGAAUUUGGCCAUUUAUCGAAAUAUAAAAAUAUUAUAUUACGCGAACGUGAUCGCAUUAAUGGCGAGGUCAUCGAUUUGGAGAAGCGUUUACAAUUGCAACGUUAUUAUUCCGAGAGUUUAGAAUAUAUUAUACAUAAUCAUGAGGAUAGUAUUAAUAAAAUGGGCACUCGUGUUAGAGUCAUAGAUGCUGAAAAACAAAAUUUGGAUACAAAAGUUCGAACAUUGAUUAAUAAUUUGGAAGAUCAAAAGGAUAUGAAUAAUAAGACUUUAAUUAAAUUGGAAUCGACUUUAAGAGAGCUAAAUGAUACCCACUCCAAAUUAGCCAAGAAAACCGCGGAGUAUGAUCGUUUAAAAUUAGUAGCCGAAAAGUUAAAAAACGACAAUUCACUACAUCUCAAACAGCUGGCAAAAUACGAAGAUGAUAUAGAAGUUUUACACAAAGAACAAAAAGAAAGCGAGGAACUAAUUAGAAGUUUGCGUUUAGAGGAUAAAGUCAAAUGUAACACAAUCACUCAGCUAAAUAAUAAAUACAAAAAGUCGGUACAAGAUCAUAGUGCAGUUUCCUCGAAACUCUACAAAAUUAAUCGUAUAAAUAAUGGUUUAAAUGAGGAUAUCGUAAGACUUAAAAAUCAAACUAAUUCUUUGGAAAAGGAUCUUUUAAAUUCAGCUCAAAAGUUUGAUGAUCUUCGUCGUUUAAAGGAUAAUAUACAAAGAGAGCGUGAUAACUUGCGCAGUGAUAUUGUUAAAUUGAAUAAUCAAAUUGCCGAUCUGCGUCAUACUAUUAUGAUGCAGAGCAAUACUAUUGAUAGUUUACAUUUGGAUAUUAAUAAAUUAAAUGUUAAAUUGGAUGAGGCUAAAAUAAAUAUAGCCAAAGCAGAAAAGGAAAGAGAUGAAAUGGCUCAGGAAGUAGAGACUUUGCAUGAAAAGAUUGAAUACUAUCAGGAUCAAAUUCAACUAAAAACCGAUCAAGUCACUGAUUUAAGCGAAAAACUGCAACAAAAGCAAUUUCAAUUAAUAAACAUGAAAAAACAACUGGAGACGGUACAUUCGGAAAAAAUGAUCUUACAAAGAUCUUUAGAAACCUGUACGCAAGAAAGAGAUAAUUUCCGUUUACUUCAAACUAAAACCACCCAUCAAAUCACCCAGUUAACAAAUGAAAUUUCCGCCAAUCAAAAUAAAAUCAAUUCUUUAAAUUUGCGCAUUGAACGCUUGAAUAAUGAUAAAAAAGAACUGCAAUCCGAAUUGAAAAAUACCGAAAAUGUUUUGGCGAGUGUGCGCAAGGAUUUGAAAGAAAUGAAAUUGAAAAAUGAAAAUCUUCUAAAAACCAUAUCGGAUGAUGAAUUGAAAUUUAUGAAAAUAUCACAAGAUUUAGAUGAAACUAGAAAGGAAAAGAAUUUAAUUGGACUACAAAUGGUGCGGAGAAAUGAUGAGAUUGUUCUGCUCAAAGAGAAACUAUGUAUAACACAAACGGCUUUAGAUCAAGGACAAACUCAAUAUAACCAAAGAAUUGAAGAUAUACGUCUUCUUAAACUGGAAAUUACCAAUUUACAAACUGAACGUGAAUGUUUGUCACGUGCUUUGAAAAGUACGGCUAAUAUGCGAGAGGAAAUCAUACGUUUGCAAAGAUCUCUAAAUCAAGAACGUGUUAGAGUGCGUUCCCUAACGGAAGAUGCUAAAACUCCUACGGGUGUUCAUCGCUGGCGUAUUUUGAAGGGUCAAGAUCCUAAUAAAUUUGAAUUGUUGGCUAAAGUACAAAUGUUGCAAAGACGCACUUUAAAACAAGAAAUUGAAAAAACCAAUCUGCAACGUCAAUUGGAGGAGUCGCACAAAGUUUCGGAAACUUUAAAGAGAAUCGUCGAAAAUAUGCCAACUACAAAAGUUAAACAGAAAUUGGUGGAAACGCAACGCAUCAAUAAACGACAACUCAAAAAACUUAAAGCUCUCAAUGCUGAAUUGGCCAUAGAUGAAAUUGAGCUCAAGGCCCGUGAAUGUAUAAUAGAAGAAUUUAAGGCUACACUGAAAUUAACCAAACAACAAUUGUGUGGUGCUGGUGAUGUGAGCACAGUUAAUACCAGCAGACCGGAAAUUAACGAUUAUACAAGUCAAGAAAAUUAUAUGGAUUGUGUAUUUAGCGCUUCAGGGAAUUCGCAAAAAAGUGAAGCCAAUCUAGGGGAUUUAAAAGAUAAAGAAAUAGAUGAAAAGCCCAUCGAUAAAUAAAUAGAAAAUUUGGAUAUUUUUCAAGGUUUUUUUAAUAAAAAUAUGUUUUAUUUUUCA